GUGGAAUGGCAGUAUAAAGGUGCGAGUGCAAGAGGUUUGUCCGCAUACCAUCUGACAACAUGAAGGUCCUGCUGUUAACGCUGGUGCUCCUGCUGUCUAGCGCUCAAGUGCUCUCACUCACAUGCUUCACCUGCGAAGGAGACGUGAACUGUAAGGCGGAGACAGUUUGCCCGGCAUCCUCUCAGUACUGCAAGACCAUGGAGCACGGAGAAGAACUUCUUCGAACUUGUGAGGAGCUUUGCGGAGAUGACGAUGACUUCACAACCUGCUGCACUGAAGACCUUUGCGGACCCUGAGGCCUCCCUAUAAGCGCUCACUUCCACUUCCAGAUGAAUUAAAAUAAUACGAGAACAAAUAAUUACCUGAGUCUGAAUCUGAUAGAAAAUGAUUUGUUCAUCUGACACUCCUAUCUUGCUUUUACUUUCAAUUCAAUCAUGAAAUUAUGAUUAAUGAUUUAGUCUCACUCUUCAUUUCACAGCCAAAAAUGCACUGGUUCAAAGCCAUGUUUUAUCUUCAAAGAUCUAGUGAUAGCGAAAGGGCACACACACACGCACGCACAACACACACACACACACACACACACACACACACACACACACACACACACACACACACACACACACACACACACACACACACACACACACACACACACACACACACACACUGUGCUACGUUGGUCGCUGUCUGUGUCGGCUGUAAUGUGAAGUUGGCUGUUUCAAAACAUGUAAUGGAAAGAAAUAAAGCUUUGAAUUGAUCUGCUA